CCCCAACAAUAUAUAAAAUUCAAUUCAAUUUUUAACUCCAUGGCAGGUAGUUGGCCAAGAACUCAAAAAUGACUUGGCCUCAGGUCGAAUUCCAGACAAGGUCAAAUUCCAUACAUAUAUACAUAUAUGUGUGUAUAUAUAAUCGCACGAUGAUGAAAAGCAUGGGGCGAUUAAUUUAAACGAGAAAGAACACUCAUGCUUGCAGCCAGAGCGAUAGUUUUGCAGAUGGCACCAUGCGUGUGAUGGAUUGGAGAGGAUAGAUUCACCAUUCCAUUGUUGUUCUAUUUCUAUAAAGGUUAAAGGAUCUUUGCGGGGUAACCUCUCUCCCUUUAAUUCCAUCUAUCACCUACCACCUGUUCGACCAAAUGUCUCAGUUAGACCUAAGUGGUUGCAGGAAGAGGAAGAGAGGCGAGCGUGUCUUCAAGUUCAAGGUCUUCGGCGAGAGAGGCUAUCCGGCCGAGUUCCGCGGCUCCUUCGAGGAGAAUGUUCGAGCUCUCUUGGAGUUCGGCCAGGCCGAGGCUGGCCCCAUGGCUAGCUGGUCCUUUCAGCUCGAGGUUCGUCGCCAUCCAUUGCUGCAUUUGUUCCUCUUCGUCGUCGAGGAGCCGAUUGAGCUGUCGCUCGAGCUUCGCUGCAAGUACUGCCACUAUAUAGGUUGGGGGCACCACAUGAUCUGCAACAAGAAGUACCAUUUCGUGCUGCCAUCGAAGGCCGGUUCAAGCUCAUCCGAGUGCUGCAAGACGAACGUGAUCGAGCUGCACGGCGACAGCCACAGCCUACACGGCGUCUUCCACUCCAACGGCUUCGGUCAUUUGCUCUGCAUCAAUGGCUCCGAGGCCGGCUCGGACUUAGCCGGCUACCAGAUCAUGGAAUUCUGGGAUCGUCUCUGCUCCGGUUUGGGAGCAAGGAAAGUGAGCCUGAGAGACGUCGCGAAGAAGAAAGGAAUGGAGCUGAGGCUUCUGCACACACUCGCUCACGGCAAGCCGUGGUUCGGUCGAUGGGACUACACGUUCGGGCGCGGGAGCUACGCCGUCACUCACGAUACGUACCAAAGCGCCAUAAAAGCCAUCAGAAACAUUCCUCUGAGCCUCGUCGCGCAUCAUAUCGGAUACGGGAGUUGUCCUCCGAACGAGCUACAAAUCAUACUUCCGCGGUAUCAGCUCCUCUCCGGCCACUCUCUCCUCACUCUCGGCGAUCUCUUCCAUUUCAUGUUGGAGCUCAAAUUCCGUAUCCCGAAAGAAAGCGCCGUCGAUUCUCACUAUCCCGGGAUCAUGUCCGACGCAUCGUGCCGAUGGUCUCCCAGGCGCGUCGAAAUGGCCAUUCACGUCGUCAUCGAAGCGCUGAAACGAGCUGAAUAUCGAUGGGUGUCUAGACAGCACGUACGCGACGUCGCGCGGGCCUAUAUUGGCGACACAGGCCUGCUCGACUUCGUACUGAAAUCGCUCGGAAAUCACAUGGUCGGGAAAUACUUCGUGCGGCGAUGCCUUAAUCCCGUCACGAAAGUGCUCGAGUAUUGCCUCGAAGACAUCUCGCUAUCAUUCCACCGGAACGACGCCUUCCCGAGCACCGAAGGCAAAGCGGCGGUGAAGCCGCAGCCGAAGAUUUCGUGGCCACAGCUGAUGAAAGACAUGGUUUACAUGUACCGGAAUGUUUUCACCGAGCGGCAGAAUCCGAUGAUGUCGAACCGAGGAAUGCUGGCGACUAUUCCGGUGGCGGCGCGGAUCAUUCUCGACUUGAAGCAUCUCGUCAAAGACUACGGCGGUGACUCGUUAUUGGCUGCGAAGGAUGAACCCAACCGGCGCAGAAUACACUGCUCGGUCGUCGAAAUGAGCGGCGACGACGACAAACAGGAAGCAGCAACCGCAACGCCUCACCACUGCAUGCUCCUGAAAAGCACGGCGACGUUCGACGAGCUGAAAAUCGAAGCGGAGAGGAUUUUCCGAGAGACGUACGUCGAGCUGAAGGACUUCGUGGCAAGCUCGAUCCGCGACGUGGCGUGCAAGGGCUCGGAUAUGGUAUUCAAGGCGGUUAAGCCGGGUGGGAAAGUCACGUUCGUGGUGAAGCAGGACGGCGGCGGAGCGUUUCGAGCGAUGGCGAUGGCGGUGGACUGCAUUUGCGGCGCGAAGGAAGACGACGGAGAGAGGAUGGUGGCGUGCGAUAUAUGCCAGGUGUGGCAGCACAGCCGGUGCGUGCAGAUCGCCGACGAGGACGAGGUUCCGAACAUAUUUCUGUGCAGCGGGUGCGAGCAGGAGAUUGUGCUGUUUCCGGCGCUGCCAUGAAAGUACUGGUAAUGCUGCUGCUGCUGUUUUUAAGGUUCUUCUUCUUCUUCGUGCUAUCUCUACGGAUCUUGUUGUCUUCUUCUUUACUUUCUAUAUAUAUAUAUAUAUGUCUUUCUGUGUGUUCUGUUGAUGUUUGAUUUGGAGCAAGAAUGGUAAUGUGUGUUUGUUGUUUCAUUAAGUAUUGACUGAUAACAACACAUAAAGUAUAAAUUGAUAAUAUAGGAUUUGUGUUAAUAUCUACAAAUAUAAUGUUACAUUUAAAUAAUGUAGGGUAAUAG